AUGCCAAACCUCACGAAAAAGCGGCAAGCUCUUCGGUAUCAACUAUCCCGUCUCCUCAACGAUGCGAAUGGUUUACUUGGCGGGACAGGACAGAUCGCAACGGAAGAAGCGGAGGUACUGAUCGAACGCUUGCUCACGUUUCAACGCCAACUCAACGGUGUGGAUGCACAAAUUGAAGAAAGUGGCGUCCAGCAAGAGGAGCAAGACUACACACGAAUAUGCGAGUACGACGACAAGGUGGUCACCUGCACAACAAGGUUGAAGUACAAAGGCAGUCAGGUCCAGCGAAUGAUACCACCGCCUGCGAUGACUGAACGAAGAUCAGUGAAAGUGAAGCUUCCCAGGCUGGAGUUGCUGAAAUUCGAUGGGAAACAGAAGAACUGGAACUCAUUCUGGGAGCAGUUCGACAGGCUGGCUCAUCGGAACGAGGACUUGUCUCUGAGUGACAAGUUCAGCUACUUCAAGUCGUUGCUGACGGGCGACGCAGCUGCGGCGAUAGCGGGACUGCAUGUAUCCGCGGAGUGCUACAAGGACGCCGUGGAACUCCUGCAACGUUUUAGAGCUGACACAGCGAUCAUACAAGAGCACAUGGAGGCACUCCUCAACAUUCGACCUAUCCAGUCGUCGGAGGAUGUCCACGAGCUACGAAAGCUGCAUGACCGUCUCCGAGCGCACAUGCGUGGUCUGAACGUGCUUGGUGUAGCUGAGGAUUCCUACUGCUCCCUGCUUUAUCCUGUACUGCUGCGGUCCCUUCCGAAGGACCUCGUUCUACAGUACAGUCGGAAGACAGUGGUGAACUUUACACAGUACGGGACCAAAAUUUCGUCGAUCAAUGAAACCGGCGAUAAUGCGAAUAGUAGGACGUCAGAGUCCGCAGUAACGAAGUAUCGGAAGAAGGUGGCGGAUCUUCUGCAAUUGCUGGGGAUUGAAGUGGAGAGCCGAGAGCGCUUAGCUUCAGUGCAGAAGACCGACAACGGGGGUCACCCUAAGGGUGUGACUCACAAGAAACAAGCGAGACAACACGCAGCUUCAGCAGCGGCAUUGCAGCACGUUGCAGGACGUCCGAGUUGUUUGUUUUGCGAAUCCAGAAAGCAUGGAACCGAGGACUGUGACGCCGAUCUUGGAUUGACCAAGAAGAAGGAAAUACUGAAGCUGGAUGGGAGAUGCUACCGAUGUACCAGACCAUAUCACCAGCCCAAGGCACGCAAGAGAAAGAUAAGGUGUCAGCGAUGCUCUGGAAGACAUGCAUUUUCAGUUUGCGAUCCGGGUUACCAGCCGAGAGAACAGCGCAAGGACGGUGGAGAAACAGAAGACUCUGUUAAGUCGUCGUCAGCACCGGUCAGUCUGCAUUCUACCGCUGGCAGCAAAGAGCAUACCACGGUUCUCCUGCAAACCGCAGCAGCCUGCGUAGCAGGCCGACGGGCCACGUCGCUAGCAAGGAUCAUUUUUGAUGGAGGAAGCCAGCGGUCCUUUAUCACGAAAAGAAUGUCUAGGAAACUGGGGUGCAAAUUUCUGGCUGAAGAAGAGCUCACCGUUGAAGUCUUUGGAGGUCGACUCUCCGAGCGCACUUUCAGAAGGGUGUUGCUGACACUGGAGAGCAGAACUAAAGGGAACUUUUCGGUUGAAGUUCUCGAGACGGAUAACAUUUGCGAACAGUUUCUGCCAAGAGUCAGCACGGACAUCAAAGGAAAACUGGAGGACCUGGGUUUGCUGGUCAUGGACGUACCAUCGGUUGUGGCGAGAGAGAUUUCUGUUCUCAUUGGUUGCGACUACUACUGGGAGUUCGUCAGUGGGAAGGUCUUAAGCCUCGGAAAGGGACUCAGGGCUACUGAAACAGUGCUUGGUUGGUGUGUCCAGGGACCGGUCACUGGAGACGGGGCGGUGGUGCACUGUAACAAAACUAUAGUGCUGCGGACUGCGGUCCAGGAAUCACAUCUUGAAAAUAUGGUAUCGAAAUUCUGGGAACUGGAGAGCAUCGGAGUGGCAAUCAACUCUCUGGGAGACCACGAAGGCUCGACGGACGAUAUCUUCCUGACAUCGUUCAAGGCUACAGUAAAGAAAGUGGAUAACCGUUACGAGAUACGGUUGCCGUGGAAGAACGAUGUGUAUCUAGACGACAACGAACACGUCGCACAGAAGCGGCUUCAUCAGCUACUGAAGAACACAUGCUGGAAUAUGACAACGUUGUAA